AUUAGUAAAUGGAAUCACUGUAAAUAGUAUUUUAAUUGAAAAAAAAUUGCAGUAUUUCAGGGAUGUAACCUGGUUAGUUCGAAUCAGCUACUUGCAUGUAAAAUAGCAGUUCUUCGGUGGAUUUUGCCAGUUUUGUCAGUCAAAAACCUUGAGUUUUAAAUGAAGAAAUAUAAGUGUAGCGUCCGCUCAGUUUAUGGCACAGUGUGGUUCAACAUUUGUCAUUUCCUUGUUUAUUUGUCAGCAAAGAGGACGAUCUGUUUUCUUAGUAUUUUCAGGAAAUUAUUUUGAAGUAGAAUUUGGACGGACACCGAAGCUGCUCUUUAAUCAUCAAUAACAGAAUUAAAAUGUAUAGUGAAAACUUAAGAAAGGUGUUAUUCAUCAUAGUGCAUGUUUAAAGCGGUUUUAUUUCACUCAAAGCUGGAUGUUAUUAAGUGUGUAGGUUUUACAUUACUCGGUAGUUGUUUUUACUACUAUUAGUUUUAUCAUAUUAACUUAAUUAGGGAUCCUUUCAACUAAAAUAUGAAAUUCACUCCAUAAUUCUGCCAGACUUGUUUUAAAAAAGGGGUUUUCACCAGUAGAUUGCCAUAUUGUUCGUAUAAAUGUUAAUUUUUAUAAAACAAUAUUUAAAUAUAACCGCACAAUAAUUAUAAUGAAAGUGUAAUAUAAAUGUUACACCGUCAUGUUUCCAGAUUUUACAUAAAAGUGUGAAUACAGUCGGAAUUCAUAAAAUGACUGGUAUCUAUGCGCUGCUGUAAAAGAGACCUUUUUAUUGCGGAAAUAAUUGUUCAGCAGUUUUUCCUGAUAUUUUUUGUCAUUAUCAUGUGCUAAUAUAAUAACUGUGCUCGGAACGCAGUUUUCUAUAUGACUCCACCCGUAAAUACACCGAAACCCCCUAUACUAUACUAUAGUAUUUAUUGUGCGUUACACUGAAUAUGCUUUCAGACGUUUGGCACGGAUAAUUAAGUCUAAAAUGACAUUAUCCAUCCAUCCAUCUCUCCAUCCAUUUUUCUUAUACAGUUGAGCUUGUUGACACAAUUAUUAUAACCAAUUUCUAAAAUCCGGAGUGAAUAAGAAAGGUCGACUGUUGACACUGUUUUCGCUCUAAGCCACGCGGCUAAGAAUACAGCGUUAAUUUUUUACUGAUAAGCCUUGCUUUUAAAACCUGUUGUGUUUUUGUCCGCAACAUGAAAACUGUUGUGCGACACGAUUUACAACGCGGAGCCGGCAGCUGAAAAGCGCCCUCGUCUCGGCGCGCAGACCGGCGGGGUCCGUGUCGUGCGCGCGGAAGGUGACAAGAAGCACGUGUCGCUCGAGGCGUUUAAUACGCGGCUAAUUAGGUGCGUGAAAAUGAAACUUCAGUGUUAUGCUAAUAUGACCGGACUCAACUGUGAAUCGGGCCACUUGAGACUAGAAUUUAAUCGCAUGAAUCGCUAAGUAAUAGCCCACAUCUGCAUGAGUGAACUCUUCCAAACGAGCGCAUUCAAUUAACGGCAUCUUUUUAAACACUCUUCUUAUUUACCUGUACAGUAUUUGUUCCUGCCUGGUGCCAUCCGGACUGCGGGAAUUUUAAACUGCGUGACUAAAUAAGGUGUUUGUUUCCUCCGAUCUUCGUGCGGCCGCAUUAUUUAAUGGAUUUGAAAUGCAAUUCUGUUUUAAAAAAAUGAUCCAGUAAAAUACAUAGAACGACAUGAAUAAAUUAACAGAAUAUAGUAUAUAUGUUACAUGUAUAAAUAUACACGUAAGGGGAAAAAAGUCAAACUUAGAGGCACAACAAACCCUAUACUGACAUGCACGUGUUAGACGCCAGCAAUAUGCUGUUAAUUUUGCAAUUGUGCGCUGACAGGCCUGACAAAGAUUAUCAAACAUUCGGAUAUCCUUAUUAUUGUCUAUCAUCACCACCACCGUUUUGGAAAACAGGACUCUUUUGUUCAGUAAGAAAAACACUUUAAGGAUACAGUUCAUCCCUCUGCAGUUGUAGUCUAAGUUAAUGUGCUUUAUUUUAUACUUUAUUGAAAUAAUUGUAAGCAUUGGUCUCCAGAGCAGUAAUUAUGGGGAUAAUCAUUAUUACACCUGAGAAACACAAGUGAAAUUGUAACUAAAAUGUUGAUUUGCGCAGAAGCCUGCCAGUGUUUGUAUAAUGUCUGUUCGCAAAGCAGGUUUAAGAUAUGAGAUUAUCCCAAUUGGCCUGAUGCCCUUUCUUUGGACCGUGCAUUCAGUGCAUUUCACCGCUGACAUGUUACAUAUUGGCUCUCAGUCUCUGGCGAAUUUCUUGAGUUCUUCGAGUCCUCCGGGCCCAAACCAAAACCACCAAUCAGAGUCACCCUUGAAAAGAGUAGCCCAAUCAGCGCACGCGUCUUAUGAAUAUUCAUGAGCACCCAGUUCAAACCUUUGAGGCGAGUUUCUGUAGAUGUGCAGCAUCAUGUCUAGACUUUUCACGGAGACAAAACUACAUUUUCUUAUGAAUGGAACGUGAAAAAAAUCAGAUCACCUUAAAUCUGGACCCGUCCUAUUACUGAGAUCAUAGAAGAAAGCAAAAAAGGAUAGGAGGGGACCGGCCUGAGGAGAUGACAAUGACUACAAUGCCAGAAGGUCUUAAUAGCCCCGUUCCAGCCAAGAGCGUCUUUAUGGACUUCGGGCCGCCGAGUCAGCAGAUGUCUCCGUCCUCCGUGUCCCACGGACACUAUUCCAUGCACUGUUUACACUCUGCUGGACAUUCUCAACACGACAGCUCGUACAGCACAGCUUCGUCCUUCCCCCGAUCUACUCUGGGCUAUCCGUACGUCAGUUCGGUGGGAAGUCACCCGUCCAGUCCGUAUGUCAGUACCGUGCAGUCGUACCAAGCGCAGACUCGGUUAGAGGAGGCAGCACCGGAUUCAGAGAAAAACACCAUCGUGGAAGGGGGUGAAGUGCGGUUCAAUGGGAAGGGGAAGAAGAUCCGCAAACCGAGGACUAUUUACUCGAGUCUGCAGCUGCAGGCGCUGAACAGGCGCUUCCAGCAGACGCAGUACCUGGCGCUGCCGGAGCGCGCGGAGCUGGCGGCGUCGCUGGGGCUCACGCAGACACAGGUGAAGAUUUGGUUCCAGAACAAGCGAUCCAAGUUUAAGAAACUGAUGAAACAAGGCGGGGGCACAUCUGAUGCCAACAGCCUGUCCAACGGCCGGGCUCUGUCCGCCGCAUCGCCCUCGGUCACCCCGGUGUGGAGCGCCUCCUCCGCCAUGAAAACGUCGGCGGGGAACCCGGGUUCCUACAUCCCUGGCUACACCUCCUGGUACCCCACGGCUCAGGACACUAUGCAGCAGCCUCAGCUCAUGUGAACAGGAAGGGCGAACCCCACGCCGCCCCCUACAGAGCCCAAGAUUGUUCACAUCGGGGGGUCAAGAAGUCAGGUUACCAGGGGUCCCGGAGAUCAGAGGAUCAGGAGAUCCCGGACCAGCAACCUUCCCUUGGUCUGCACUCUGGCCUGCUGAGGCCAGCCACACCUGUAAUAUGGACCUUGAUUCCAAAGUGUGGACAGAUGAUGUUUCCAAAGCUGACAGCCUUCUAAGAAACCCGCUGGACAAGCACAGUGGUAUGGAAAAGGGCAAGACGAACUGAGCUGAUGAGGAAAGGAAACUAAGGAAUUGUGCUGAAAGUCUCUAUACACCAUAGAAGCUGCUGCUCCUCUAUUUUGGUUAUCUUUCUUUACAUUUAAAUCUGCAAAUUAAGUAUUGUCUUGUCAUUGCAAACAUAUUGAGGCCUAUGAAACAGGGCAAAGUGACAUUGACCUAAAUCCUUCAAAAUGAAAUUCUCUCAGUAAAACAAAAUACUGUAAAGCUGCAAUACUGACCAAGUGCUCUGAGUUUAAUUGCAAGUGUCAGAAGGUCAAGAUAACUUUUCCAUGCCUCUAACAGUUAUGAUUCUUAUUUACAUGGAAAUACUGC